AUGAAGGUGUCGCUCCUGUGUCUUUGCGUCCUCGUGCAUGUGGCCCUGGUCCACGCCGGACUGUUCGCCCGCGACGAGCUGCAACAACCCGCAUCCAGGACUAAGGACAAGACCACCCAGAGCACAGGGUCUUCGAACCACGUCAGACAGAGGCCGCUGUUCGCGAGGAGGGGGCAGUAUGAACGGCAGAGUUUGCCGAAACGCAAAGCGGGUCACAAUUCUCAACAUGGCCGUCCUCGUCCGUCCAAAUCCAAAGUGGUACCCAGACCUGUGAAGCCCAUGUGCUCUCUGCUCGGACAAAGCUGCUUACCCGAGUCUGGCUGCUGUGUGAGACACACCGUGUGCCACUGCCGCUUCUUCAACGCCAUCUGCUUCUGCCGGAGAAAACACUAG